UUAUUCUGUUGAUAAAGGCUGAAAUCCUCAAAUCGAGUCAAUUGCAGCCAAUUUCUUGGUUUUGGUUUGGGUUUUUUGGGGUGUUUUGAGCAGAAGAAAGAACUGACAAUGAUUUCCUUCUCAAGCAUAAAGAAUGCUUCCAUGGAUCGGAUUUUUGAAAGUGAUGUUAAUUUGACUGAGAUGACUACGUUUGACCAGCCUGGAUGGCAAAUUGCACUUUGGGCCAUUGUCUACUUAUUGAUAAUCACAGCAUCGAUUGUUGGCAAUGCCACCGUCAUUUGGAUUAUCCUGUCCCAUCGACGAAUGAGAACAGUCACCAAGUAUUUUAUUGUGAACUUGGCUCUUUCCGAUCUGCUUAUGACUGCACUAAACACAGUUUUUAAUUUUAUUUAUGCCUGUCAUAAUGUCUGGUAUUUUGACGAGGGAUUCUGCCGUUUUCAUAAUUUUGUUCCUGUUACUGCCAUGUUUGUCAGCAUUUACACCAUGACCGCUGUCUCUGCGGAGAGGUAUAUGGCAAUCGUUUACCCUUUCAAGCAAAAACUUUCUGCAGUGAACACAAAAGGGAUCAUAGGAAUAAUCUGGCUGGUGGCUUGUGCACUAGCUUUUCCGCAGUUCUUUUAUGCUCAAGUCAUCACUGAUCACGGACUGGCCAAAUGUGCUGUGAGCUGGCCACACAAUCACAGCCAAAGACAGCAGCUCACGUAUCACAUAGCUGUCAUCCUCCUGGUUUAUGUACUGCCUCUCACUGUGAUGUUUGUCACAUACAGUGCAAUAGGAAUAACUCUGUGGCGUAAUGAUGUUCCUGGAGAACAUACUAACAUGGUGUACUAUCAACAUAAGAUCGUGGCCAAGAAAAAGUUUGUCAGGGCAAUGGUUGCAGUUGUGAUAACAUUUGCCGUUUGCUGGUUCCCUUAUCAUUUCUACUUCAUCCUGGGAAGCACCUGGAAGGAAGUCAACAAACAGAAGUACAUCCAACAAGUUUAUCUGGCUGUGUUCUUGCUCGCCAUGAGUUCUGCAAUGUACAAUCCAAUUAUUUAUUGCUGUCUUAAUCAUAGGUUCCGAUCUGGAUUCAGGAUCGCUUUUCAAUGGUGCCCCUGCGUAAGAGCUACGGAAAGAGACCAGCUUAACCUUAGUUAUCCUGACCCUUACGGAAGAUCCAAGCAUCCGACUUCUCUAUGAGCUUAGCAGUGUACACAUCUGAUCACUUUGUCAGUGACUCAUAUGUAUUGGGUGGCAUGAGUUUUAAUCCUAAAGGCUUGAGUAACAACUUCCUUGCAGGGGUGAAAUCAACUUACCUUUGCUACGGUUCGCAAAUGUGAGUGCGUGCGCAUGCGCAGAGCAUCAAAAAUAGGACGUGAUGAUGUCCCGACGUGAUGACAUUCGGGCAGGUGGAUAUCACUACCAGUUCGCCCGGACCGGAUAGAACUGGCUGAAUUGCAUCAAUGCUUCAUUGCCCUGGUUUUUGUUGUAGCAUCACAAAUACUGCACUAGAUCACGGCUGGUUUGUACAGCUAGUUCUCAAUUUAAUACUAUUCAUUUAGGGACCAUUCAAAGUUACAACAGCAUGGAAAAAGUGAUUUAUGAUUAUUUUUCACACGGAUGCCCAUUGCAGCAUCCCCAUGGUCACAUGAUUAAAAUUCGGACGUGCGGCAACUUGCAGGCAUA